CUAAAUAUUAAAAACAAUUUAAAAAAAUUUUUCGAUCUUUAACAAUCAAAAACUGUAUUGAAACCACUAAACUCGUCGAGAUUGGUUGCUCAAUAAUGGCCGGCGAAGACGUAUUAGAGUUAUCUCAAUGGACGUACAAAGGCCGGCCUUUGGAGCCGGCUCAAGAACCCGUGGAAAAUACUGACAAAUUCGGACUUACGUGUUUAGUCGUUGAUCAACUUCGAAAAUCGCGGUAUAAUGACGUACGAGAAAUUAUCGAAGCUAACGGUCAGAUCAUAUUACGCCUGAUCGACCUCAAGGUGCUCCGAGAAAGUGGCAAAAGAAUAUGGCCGAAGCUUGAACUUGAUAGACAACAAAAGAUGUCAGCUCUUGCAGCCUACCUCACAGUCGCGUCAAGCAAUGAUGACAGCUGCAAGCAGUGUCUAAAUAGAAAGUCCCGUGGCCCUUGCGUGGAAUGUGUUGCUGCUGGCCCAGAUACCUUCAGUGGCGCUUGCACAAACUGCCAGUUCUCAAGCACGGCGUCUGCUUGCUCUUUUUACUCAGGUCGAGCUGUCAAAAAUCGAAAAAGGGCUCGUAAAAACGAUGAUGAUGACAAUUCAGACUCGGACAGGUUUUCCUUGACGGCGGAUCUGCUUGAACAAGCUACCACCCGUGAGCUUGAGCGCUGGCGCAAGUUAAUCGAGGAUGAGAUAUUGAGCCGCGAAGCAGCCCACGCUUCACACAAGCGCCGAACCCGUUGAAAGGAGGUCCAAGAACAAUACUAGUAGUACUGACGAUAAAGCCACCAAACGACAUGACUGGAAUUAUUCAAUCAACAAGCAACGAUAAUAAUCACCAAGAGAUGGAUAUCGGAGCAUGUGAGGUUUCCGGGGCGAGCGACCGUGUCUGGCGUAACCCGGAAAAGGGGCGGCUAGCAACUCGGGUAAAAGGAGAACGACCACAAGCCGGCCGCAUUUUCUCUUCAAAAGGUUCUUGUCGCUAUCCAGUUACCACCUGUCUUUUCACUAGUACCCGAAACGCAUUUGAUAGCCGUGGCCAUUACCUCCAUAAUUGCCAUGUUC